CAUGCGUUUUAUGUUAUCAAUAUAAACAAUUUGUCAAGAGAAUAUUUUAUUCUUCGGGGAUAGUAUUUAAUAAUUUUUCAAGCAUCAGUAUCCGUAUCUUAUGUCAUAUGAUUCCAGUUAUGUGUCGGAUAAAUAGCAAGCUAAAACUGUAGACUUGAAGCUGAAGUUUGUGAUAAGUUUAGGUGCUCUCUUCAGAUAUCAAUAUGGCUUCUUUUCCUAAACGAGGAUUGAGUAAGAAAGAUUUUGAUGAGAAGAAGAAAAAGCAUGAACAAGAAAAAGAAGCUGCAAAGGCAUUUGAAGAGUUUGUGCAGACAUUCGAUGAGGACCCAGCUACAUCCAAGGGAAAAGUAUGGGUCAAGGCCGGAACAUUCAAUGCAGGCACAAGAGAGGAGACGACCAAGGAGAAAGGUCAGUUGUACAAGCCGACCUCCAAGUUCGAGGUGCCAGAGCGCAAGCAGCCCUCCCCAGAGCUCAUCACUCGCAGCCGCAUCGAGCUGCCAUCGAAACUCGUGCGCAGGAAGGAUGGCAAGAAAAAGAGCAACCUGGAGCUCUUCAAAGAGGAGCUCAAAAGGAUCCAGGAGGAGCGCGAGGAGCGUCACCGGCUGAAGGAGCAGAUGAAGGAGGCCAGCUCGUCGGGCCGCGUCUCCCGGUUUGACACGCCCGAACUGCCACCCAUCACACCCUCUCCGCUCAGUCUCGAUGUGCCGAACCCGUACGGUUCGUUCGACAGCGGUGACCCGAGCACCACUAACCUCUACCUGGGCAACCUGUCUCCAAAGCUCUCCGAGCAGCGGCUGAUGGAGAUAUUCGGCCGCUACGGUCCGCUGGCCAGCAUCAAAAUCAUGUGGCCGCGUAACGACGAGGAGCGGCUGCGCGGCCGAAACUGCGGCUUUGUGGCGUUCAUGACACGACGAGACGCCGAGGCGGCGUUAGAGGACCUCAGUGGGAAGGACGUAGAGGGCUACGAGAUGAAGCUGGGCUGGGGUAAGGGCGUGCCGAUCCCGCCCCAGCCCAUCUACAUACCCCCGGCGCUGAUCGAGGUCUCCAAGCCACCGCCGCCGUCCGGACUGCCGUUCAACGCGCAGCCGCGGAAGAAGGACCGCGACAAGUUACCGAUGAGUGACCGGCUGCCGGAGGACCCGGUCGCCAUGCAGCAGUUCAACAAGAUGUUGCAAAGAGCAGUUGUCAAAGUUGUCAUCCCUACAGAAAGGCCAAAGCUGAUGGCCAUCCACCGGAUGCUCGAGUUUGUCGUCCGAGAGGGCCCGCUCUUCGAGGCGAUGAUCAUGAACAAGGAGGCGGACAACGAGCUGUAUAGUUUCCUGUUCGACAACCAGUCGGCCGAGCACACCUACUACCGAUGGAAGCUGUUCAGCAUCCUGCACGGCGACUCGCCGCAGCGCUGGCGUACCGACGAGUUCCGCAUGUUCAAAGGCGGCUCGGUGUGGAAGCCGCCGCCGAUGAACCCCUACAUGAUGGACCGGGACCACCACAAGAAACCGGAGCCCGAGCGACAGCGCAACAAACUCCUAUCGCAAUCCCAGCGGGCGCGGUUCGAGUCGCAGCUGCGCCACCUCACCCUGGAGAGGGACGCCAUCGCCGAGACAAUGGUCUGGUGUCUGGAGCACGCCGACAGCGCCGAGGAAAUCUGUGCGUGCGUCACCGAGUCGCUCAGCAACCCGGGCACACAGCUCACUACCAAGAUCGCCCGGCUGUACCUGAUCUCCGACAUUCUGCACAACUGUACCGUCAAGGUGGCCAACGCCUCCAGCUUCCGAAAGUGUUUCCAGGAUAAGCUGCCGGAGAUCUUUGACGGCAUCCAGGAGACGUACGGCGCCAUAUCGUCCCGGCUGCGGGCCGAGGCGUUCAAGCAGCGCGUGAUGCGUGUGUUUCGCGCCUGGGAGGACUGGGCCGUCUACCCGCAGGACUUCCUCAUCAACCUGCAGAACACCUUCCUCGGCUUCAACAAGCAGACGGAGGGCGGCGCGGCCGGCGACGGCGACACGUCGGACGUGGACGGCGCGCCGCUCAGCGACUCUGACGAUGUGGACGGCGUGCCGCUCGACGGCGCCGCGCUCCUCAAAAAGGCGCGACAGCAGGCCAACGACGACGACGACGACGACGAUGACGACGUCGACGGCGUGCCGCUGGACGAGGCCGGCGGCCCCUCGGUGGACCGCGGCACGGCCGGCGCGCUGGCUCGCGCCGCCGAGUCGGCCGGACGCGCCGGCGGCUUCGUGCCCUCGCGCUGGGAGACGGUCGACCCGACGGACGUGGCCGCCGGCGCGGUCACCACGUCCAGGUGGGAGGCCGUGUCGGCGGCGGCCGGCGCCGCGGCCCGCCAGCAGGACUCGGACGAUGACGUGGAUGGCGUGCCGCUGGAGGAGGUGGCCGGCCCGCCGGCGCACCAGCCGCAGCCGCCGCCGCCCGACGACGACUCGCGCAGUCAGACCAACACGGCGCCGGGCUCGCCCGACAUGGACGUGUCUGAGGAGCGGCGGGUGAAGCUGCGCGAGGUCGAACUGAAGGUGGUGGCCUACCAGGACGACCUGGAGUCGGGCCAACGCUCCGUCAAGACCGGCUACACACUCCAGGAACAGGUGCAACACUACCGCGCCAAGCUGAUGCGAAAGGUGGAGCGACAACUGACGGACCGCAAGCGGCGCCGGGAGCGCAGUCCGUCCAGCUCGGACGGCGAGAGCCACCAGUCGUACUCGAGCCGGCGCCGGUCGCGCUCGCCGAAACCGGACCGGUCCGACAGGUCGCGGCGCCGCUCGCGCUCGCACUCGCCGCCGCGCCGCCGGCGCCGCUCCAAGUCGCCCCCGUACCGUCGGUCGCGGUCCCGCUCGCCCGCCUACCGGCGCUCGCGGUCGCGCUCGCGCUCCCGCUCACCCAGCCGCAAGAUGCGCAAGAAGUCCAAGCGCUGAGUGGGAGACGGGGGGCGCGGAAUGGUGUGCGCGUGGUGGGUGACUUUGUCGAGCUGCCAGCGCUCAGAGGGCGGACGGACGCGCUGGGGUGAGACGGACGGCCGCUCCAGGCUGUGGGACGGGGCGGGGUGGGGAGGAGGGAGGGAGGGAGGGAGGGUGGGGUGGGACUGGUGGGUUUUGAGAUAUCGAAUGUCCCUGCCCAAUGAGUGGCCGUCUGCUGCCGCGUUCUCAAGUGUCUCGAGCCGCAGCUGUGGCGCGCGCUGGGACGGGCUGGGGAGCGGCUCUGGCCGGCGCCUGUGGUCCGCCUGUCCGGACGGACUGAGAUGAUGUCCCCGAGGGGCCUCUGUCCGUCUGUCGCCGCCCAUGGCUCACCCUCUGCUGUAAUACACGGACUCACGCG